CUCAUACAUCCACAGACUCAAUCAACAAACAUUUAAACAAAUCCAUCCUCUUCCUCUUCCCUCUCUAUGCUCUAGAAAAAAAAACCUCAUCCAAAAGAUAAGAAAAUAGUGUUGAGCUAGAGAGAGGGAAGAUAAUAUUAUGGCUCUCAAGCUGUGGGCUUCUUCAACUGCCAAUGCACUCAGGAUCUCUUGCGCUGCCUCAAGAGCUUCUCCUCUCUCUGCCUUCUCCGUUUCAAGAUGCUUCUCCUCUGUUUUGGAUGGGUUGAAGUAUAGUCCUUCUCACGAAUGGGUGAAGCAUGAGGGAUCUGUGGCUACUAUUGGCAUCACUGACCACGCUCAGGGCCAUCUAGGAGAAGUUGUUUUCGUCGAGCUUCCAGAAUCUGGUGCCGCAGUUUCAAAAGGAGGCAGCUUUGGAGCAGUGGAGAGUGUGAAGGCAACAAGUGAUGUAAACUCCCCAAUCUCUGGUGAAGUUGUUGAGGUCAACAGUAAGCUCACUGAAGCCCCUGGACUGAUCAAUUCUGGUCCGUAUGAGGAUGGAUGGAUGAUCAAGAUCAAGCCAAGUAAUCCAUCAGAGAUUGAAUCCUUGAUGGGUCCGAAGGAAUACACAAAGUUUUGUGAGGAAGAAGAUGCUCACUAGAUGUUCCUCUUAGUUUCAUAUUUAAUCCCGAGGGAAGUUACCAGAUACAGUUUCAGUUUCUGAGCGAUUAGUGAUUACGAUGAUAUCAUGCAUAUUGAUUGUGGAGAUUAAUGAUGUUGAAUCGUAUGGCAUUGUUCUAGUUUCUUUCACUGUUACCCUUUCUUGUGUUGUUUACUUAUCUCCACCUCCGUAUGUAAUGCACGUGUUAGUGUACUGUAUACCUUCAUGUAGUUAAGCUCACAUGUUGUCCUCUGUGUUUAAUUA